UAGAAGAGCCCGGAUGUCCAGAUUUGGCAAGAUAAGAGGUUCGUAUCGUUCUGUGCAUCCCGUUGUUGAGAGCAGUGCUGUAGCUAUGAGCUUUGCAUCUCCUUCAAGCAUAACAUUUUGGAAUCCCAUUGCGUGACAUAGUUCUACUCCUUGCCUUGGUGAGAGCACAUUGCAGCCAACACUUGCCCAGAAUGAUCUCUCACGAUAAUGACCGUGCCCAUUAGUUUUCUCUCACCAUCUACAGCCGCAUCCCACUUCAUCUUUACCCAACCAGUCGGAGGCCUGCACCAACUUUGAUUCUGGGGGUCUACAAUCUGCAGCCCGGCCGGGUUGCUACAUUGGGUUGAUCUUGAGCCAUGUGAAAAUCUUUAAGCAUCUCUUUGGACUUUGGCGCAUUCCACCAAACAUGUAAGGGGCUGAAUGGUUCCUCCAAAAACCAACCUGUUCCUGCGCAGCCACAUUUUCUGUUCUACAACAGCUAACAACUCCAUGUCUUGAGGCUCCAAUCUAGUGAUUAAAUGUUCCAAAAUUCUGAGGAAAUCACCAUCUUUAAUCGUGCUCUUCUGAAGCCGUCGAUUACAUGCCGCCCAAAUCGCCGAGGAUGCUUCGCAGCUCCACAGAAAAUGCCCGCUAGUCUCCGUCAAAUACCGUGGGCUGGACAACGCAGAGAUUGAAAAUUCAUCAUAGACUUGACCAAAGUCUAAAAUGGCUGCAAUUACUUGGGAAUUUCCCAUAGAGCUUCUUCUUUUCUUUAUGUUGACUUUUUUUCAUUAGAUGUGACAUAAUCCAUGUGAAUUUGUUGUUUUUGAUAAACUGUUUUAGAGCUUUGAAUGGUCUCAAUGAACAAAAGCUAAUACAACAGCUUUAUUCACGUGAAGACCUCUUUGUGUCAUAAACCACGGUAAGAAUUCCUUCAACUACUUCACUUUUGAGGGCAUUCCUUCACUAACAUUCAAGAAAUGGCCGAACUUCUCUUCCUUACUGCCGAGCGACUCGUUGAGGCUUUGGGCUCAUCGGCUGCCAAACAGAUCGGACUGCUUUGGGGUGUCCAAGAUGACCUUCAAAGCCUGACGAACACCGUUUCAACAAUCAAAGCAGUGCUUCUGGAUGCGGAGGAGAAACAGGCUGCAGGGAGCCAUGCAGUCAAAGAUUGGAUCGGAAAGCUAGAAGAUGCCAUUUAUGAUGCAGAUGACUUGCUGGAUGACGUUUCCAUUGAAGCUCUACGAAGAGAAAUAAUGACCCACGAUAAGAAGGCCAAAAAGGUACGCAUCUUCUUUUCUGAAUCAAUCCAAUUUGCCUCUCGUCUUAAAAUGGCCCGUAAGAUUAAGGCCAUAAAAAAGAGGUUAGAUGCCAUCAACGUCGAUAGGAAGAAUUUUCAGUUGGAGGUACGCCAAGUGGAGACACGAGUAGUCGGGAACAGGGAGAGGGAUCACACUCAUUCUUUUGUACCUGCGGAAGUAGUUGUUGGGCGAGAGGUUGAUAAGAAGGCUGUUAUAGACCAUCUUAUGGACUCCAACGUUGAAGAGAAUGUUUCAAUCCUUCCAAUCGUUGGCAUUGGUGGAUUGGGAAAGACUACACUGGCUCAACUCGUAUUCAAUGAUGAGCAAAUCCAAAAACAUUUUGACCUCAAAAUGUGGGUGUGUGUCUCUGAUAUCUUCGAUGUUAAAAAUAUUGUUGAAAAAAUCUUAGAAUCUGCAACAAACACGAAACAACCAACUGUUGAAAUGAAUACACUGGUAAACUAUCUUCGAAAAGAAAUCAAAGGAAAGAAAUACUUCCUUGUGUUGGAUGAUGUGUGGAAUGGCGAUCAUGGAAAAUGGUGUCGCUUGAAAGAAGUGCUGAUGGGUGGUGCAAGAGGCAGUAGAAUAUUGGUUACUACCCGCAAUGAAGUCGUUGCAAGGACCAUUCGACAGGAAAGCGUUGCAAAGAUUAUUGGGACAGUUGAAUCAUAUUCCUUGAAGGGUUUAGCUGAAGACGCUUCAUGGUAUUUAUUUAAGGAGAAGGCAUUUGCAAAAGGACAAGAGCCGGAGAAUUCAAUCAUCGUUGCACUAGGGAAGGAGAUCGUAAAAAAGUGUCAAGGUGUCCCUCUGGCCAUAACGACAAUCGGAAGUUUACUAGGCUCCAAAAAUUCCGAAACAGAGUGGAUGUCUUUUAAGAACAAUGACCUCUUGAAAAUAUCUCAGAAUGAAAAUGACAUCUUAACAACUCUGAAGUUGAGUUAUGAUCAUCUUCCUUCACAUUUGAAGCAUUGCUUUGUUUAUUGCAGUUUGUAUCCAAAAGAUUACGAGAUUGAUACAUCAAAUCUGGUUAAGCAUUGGAUAGCACAAGGAUUUGUCAAGUCAUCUGAUUAUCAAAACCGAUGCUUGGAAGAGGUUGGUAAUGAGUAUUUUAAGGAUUUGCUAUGGAGAUCAUUCUUUCAAGAAGCUGUAACGGAUAGGUUUGGUGACGUAAUUCGUUGCAAAAUGCAUGACCUCAUGCAUGAUCUUGCCCUAUCAAUGGCAGGAUCGUUGAUUGCCACAUUAGAUGAGAAGAAGACAAAUGUUGAUGAGAAAACCCGUCAUGUAUCAUUACUUGCUGGUUACGAUAGACAUAUUUCUUCAUUGUGUGAAGCAAGUAGGAUACGAACAUUUCUUUACCUUAGUGACGAUAAGUAUGAGAUUGAUUGUGAUGAACUUUUUUCAAGUUUCAAGUUCUUGCGUAUGUUGGAUCUGUCGGGUAGAAAUCUUGAUUCUGUGCCAAGCUCUAUCGGGGAGUUGAAGCAUUUAAGGUAUUUUGAUCUUUCUUUCAAUCGGAAAAUGAAUAAGUUACCCAAUUCUAUAACCAGGUUGCAUAAUUUGCAAACACUAAUACUCUCGUAUUGUGUUUCGCUUGAAGAAUUGCCGAGAGACAUUAAAAAAUUGGUCAAUCUCAGGCAUCUCGAGAUAGAUUAUUGUAAGGAUUUGACAUAUAUGCCACGUGGAUUGGGGCAGCUGAAUAAUCUUCGGACGUUAACAACAUUUGUGGUUCACUCAGGUUCUCACUCCAGGCAUUGCGCUAAUUUACGAGAACUGAACGGACUAAAUAAGCUGAGAGGAUGCUUGGAGAUUACAAAUCUCGGUCAUGUGAAAGGUGUUGCAUCAGAAUAUGAGGCUGCAAAUCUAAAGGAUAAACAACAUCUUCAUGCUUUGGGUUUAUAUUGGAGUACUAAAGGAGAUGUCAAUGAUUGGGACGUUGUUGAGGAUGAAAUGUCAUUGGAAGGCUUCCAACCGCACCCAAAUUUGAAAGAUCUAGACUUCUAUUACUAUCCGGGUUCAAGGCUUCCGAGUUGGGCUUCGUCACUCACAAAUCUUAUUAGAUUUCAAUUAUGGGGCUGUAAGAAAUGCCAAUAUCUGCCACCAUUGAGUCAACUGCCUUCUCUCAAGACUCUUAUUCUUGAAUAUAUGGAUGGUAUGCAGUACAUAUCAGAUAGCAAUGACUUCUCUUCUUCUUCAUCAGCGCCAACACCAUUUUUCCCAUCCCUCAAGUAUAUCUACCUCUAUAAUUGCCCUAAUCUCAAAGGGUGGUGGAGGAGGAGGGGUUCUUCUAUGGAGGUCAAUAGUGAUAGUCAUAAUUCCGUUGUUAUAAGGGAGCAUCCUUUACUCCCUUCAUUUUCUCGUCUCUCAGAAUUAUGGAUCCGGCAGUGCCCUAUGUUGACUUCCAUGCCAUUGUUUCCACAUCUUGAAGAAGAGUUGCACCUAUACAAUACUAGCUGGAAGCCACUACAACAUACAAUGAUGAUGAAUAUGGCUGCACUACAAAUCCCUACAUCAACAUCAACAACCUCCUCUCCAUCCACUCCUCUCUCAAAAUUGAAGUGUUUAUCACUACGUUCCAUUACGGAUCUAGUAACCCUACCACUCCAACAUUUCGCUUCCGUUCAAGACCUGUAUCUUGGUCAUUGUCCUGAGCUUGAGUUAGCCAAUGAUGAGGAUGAGAUGCAAUGGCAAGGCCUUAAGAGCCUCUUGUCUCUUCGCUUCUCUGGACUUCCAAAAUUGGUGUCUCUCCCCUCAGGGCUUCAACAUGCUACCACUCUAAAAAAUCUCAAGAUUAGGAAUUGUAAAAGCUUGACGGUUGUACCAGACUGGAUCCACAACUGCAAAUCCCUUCAAGUCUUUGAAAUUUCUCAAUGCUCCAAUUUGACAUCACUGCCCGAAGGAAUGGUUAGGCUAACCUCUUUGCAGAGGCUAAAAAUUGAGGAUUGUCCCAUCUUAUUGCGAAGAUGCAAGAGAGACAUAGGUGAGGAUUGGGCAAAAAUUUCUCACAUUCCAGAGUUAGACUUACGAUAUCCGUCUCAGCAAGAAGAAAAUUCAAGCACCCUGCAUGCAUCUUCGACUUAAUCAGUGAAGAAAAGCCGGGAUGGUUCUUGUUCUUGUUGAUGAUGCUGUAGAUGUCAAAUGAAAGAGGAAUAGGAGAGCGUGAGGAUGACUUACAAUACUACUGGGUUCUUUAAGUUUGAGCCUUGCUUGCUCUGAUUCAAAACUACGGAGAUAGCAAGGAAACUUUUUACAAAAUGUGUCAUUGUUGCUAAAGCUGGGGUUUAUUCCUUUUGGUGUUGCUCCUGACUCAAUAUGAUAUGUUGUCAUCUACUACCUCUGUGGUUGGAAGGGACUCCACCACCGUUGCAGCCAGAGAUACUAGAGCAACCUUAAAAGUUAAUGGUUGGAAGGAGUUAGGCACAGCUGAACUUUACAUUCAUGUGAGGUCUUCAAAAAGAAUUGCAUGUUGGCUGCUCCAUUUUGGCUUUUGUGGCACUAGAAACAUAAUAAUAAUAUUUGGGUAAUAAAAUUUAUGUGGGACAAUUUUAACUCUUUAGGGUAAUAUAUUUUUUGGCUUUUUGUUUAUUUUCCAAUAUUUGUUUGUAUGCAGAAGAG